AUGUAUUUCGUAGAUUCAUGCAAUGGCUUGCUAUGCAUGCGAGAUGUAUACAACCCCUUCACCUGCCUUUACUUGGAGCUCCCAAGAUUGAUUAACCAUCCAGUAGAGGGGGAACAUAUUGCAUUCGGUUUUCAUCCAUCGACAAAACAAUACAAGGUGGUGCAGAUAGUAUAUCGAAGACAAUUGAUUAGAGGAGUCGGCCUAUUUGAUGUUACUACAUCUACUUUAAUACAGUCACAGGUUCAUAUUCUAACAAUUGGUGAUCCCGCUUGGAGAAAUAUAGGAAUGUUACCGUAUGAUUUGACUCGGCCAACAUCGAAAGCUUUGGUCAAUGGGAGGCUUCAUUGGCUUUCUAAGCCUAACAAGAACACCACGGCUAGCUUACUCGCAUCGUUUGAUCUUGCAACUGAGCAAUUCCAGGAGAUGCAUAAGCCCGAUUGUUGUGUCUUGGACCGGUGUUUUCAUGAUCUGAUGGUUGUACGAGGUUGUCUCUCAGCUGGUGCUUAUCAUGAUAAUGAACAAUUGGAGAUAUGGGUUAUGAAGGAAUAUAGUGUGAAGAACUCUUGGAUCAAAGAAUUCACCAUUGGAACUUACUUGCCCCGAACAUUGCAACAAAAUGAUCUCCUACACUUCAAUAAUGCAAGGGCUUGA